AUGGUAGUAAAUUAAAGGGUAUUUCACACAUAGAUAACGUUCUCGAAAAUAUGCUUUAAUAAUUAGUGUGGAUACAGGUACAGAACUGGUAAUUCAACGACCAGUUUUCCACUUCUACAUUUGUUUCACGCUCAACGCCAUUGCGUAAAUGCAAGCUCAUCAUGUUCCAACAAAUUAGUUAUACCAAAUAUCAUUAUUCUAAAACUUCAUUGAUGAUAUUAGUUUGGUAACUUGCAUCCUUUAAGUGAUUCUGGUCAUUUUACUGCAAUGAUCCAAACAUCAUUCCAUGAUGUUAGUUACAACAAUCAUCAAGCUUCCGACGAUUUCCUUUCCCGACAGCAUAAACUCAGAGGUUUAUCAAACGCCAAUCGAAAACUACAUUUGAUUUCAGUUUGUUUGACAAUCACAUCGAAACAAGCUACACGAUACCGAACCUCUACAUUACUAACAUGGCAUGUGUUCGGUUACAACGAUGAUAGUGUAACUACCCUGAAACAUCGACUUCGGUGGCUUGGACACGUCUUACGAAUGUCGUGUCAGAGAUUCCACGUCGCGCAUUGUUUGCCGACACUGGGACCAGCUGGAAAACCGGAGAGGUGGUUAGGUUGUGUCAUGGUAUCAUGGUAUAAAAGAUGUACAGAACUGGUUUCUGUUGGUCCUUCACGAUUCUCUGGUUGGGGUCCUAGAGAUGGUGCAACACAGUGGCUUGAGACGUAAUCAGACAUGGUUCAAAAUAGAAGCUAGUGGCGGUCCAGUCGUAACUUUCUUUUACUUUCUUCAUAAA